GAUGGCCGAUUCAGAUUCAAAUGACGAAAUUCUUGUUAGCCAGGAAGGAAGCGAUGAAGAGGAUACCGGCGCAAUAACAGAUGAUGAUGUUGACGUGGCUAUGCAGACUUCAAAAGCAGAUGUUCCUUCUAGUUCAACUGCUACAUCUGGAUCUGAGAAAGAUUACCAGAUUUUGAACCAAACUGAAUUAAUCGACGAGCUAAAUAAAAUUUCGAAUGAGACUUCCGCUGUGUUGCGAUAUAAUGGUUCUAUUUGUAAAGCUUUACUUCAACAAUUCAAAUGGAAUAAGGUCACUUUGAUUGAGAGAUUCUACGAGUCGACUGAUACAGAUGCUUUCUUCAAAAAGGCAAAUCUUUUGGACCCUAAGAAACACAAAAAGAUUGAAGGAAAGUCUGACUUUUGCAAGAUUUGCUGCGAGAAAAAUCGCUUGAUUGGUUUACUUUGUAAUCAUUUAUUUUGUAGCGAGUGCUGGUCAAAUUAUCUUUCUAGCAAAGUUAAUAAACUUAUUAAAUGGUGCCCUGCUAUUGAAUGUGGUCGAGCAGUUAAAGUUCCUCAUGCAGAAUGCCGCCGUAUUGUUUGCCAUUGUGGUUUUAUUUUCUGCUUCCAAUGCCUUCAGCAAUGGCAUAAACCAGUAACGUGUGAUGUUCUCAGACGUUGGUUAAAGAAAUGUACUGAUGAUAGCGAGACAUCAAAUUGGUUGAAUGCCAACACAAAAGACUGCCCGAAAUGCCAGGUUACUAUCGAGAAAGACGGUGGAUGUAAUCAUAUGACCUGCAAAAACCUUUCUUGCAAAUUCGAAUUUUGUUGGAUGUGCCUUGGUCCAUGGUCACCUCAUGGUUCUGGCUGGUACUCUUGUAACCGUUACGAUGACGAUGCUGGGAAAAAAGCUCGAGAUGCUCAGGAACGUUCGCGUGCUGCUUUACAACGUUAUCUUCACUACUAUAACCGAUACUCAAACCACCAUAAUUCAUUAAAAUUAGAACGAAAGCUUUUUGAGAAAGUUAGUGAAAAGGUUGAGCAAAUGCAACAACUUGGAUUCUCAUGGAUUGAAACUCAGUUCUUGCAAAAAGCUGUGGAAGUGCUUGUUGAAUGUAGACGCACACUUAUGUAUACUUAUGUUUUCGCCUUCUACUUAAAGCAGAAUAAUAUCACCAAACUUUUUGAGGAUAACCAAAGUGACCUUGAACUUGCUACUGAACAGCUAAGCGAAUAUUUGGAACGAGAUUUGCCUGAGGACAAAGAUUUGGUGACCGUAAAGCAAAAGGUGCAAGACAAAUAUAGAUAUGUUGAACAGCGGCGACAAAUUCUUCUGACACAUUGUAAUGAGGGCUAUGAGAAGAACGAAUGGGUUUUUUGUCCGGCAACACUUGACAAUAAGAUUGAGUUCAAGCGGGUUUAG